GGGAUCGAUUAUGGUUUGGAGGGUGUUAAUGUUGUGCAGAAUUGCCAGAACCCAUGGAUCAAAGCUCGCAUUCGCCGCCAUCCGCCAUCCGCCAUCCGCCCACACCCCAGCUGACCUUCCACAACCCUAGAUCAGAUCAAUCAGCAACCCACGGAUGCCAAUCCUAAAUUCCAAUGUAAUCAAUCGCCAUCGCCAUCGCCAUCGCCAUCGCCAUCGCCAUGCCCAUCCGUUCGAGCAUGCCCACUCCCACGUGCGAUUGUCCGCCUCUUCUUCGGGGAUUACCGCUCCAGUCAUGUCCUUGACGAUGAGUAUAUGCGACGGGUGCUAUAGACGAAACGCCCCUUCCCCUCAUUCCUGCGGGUUUGGGCUGCCACGCGUGAGUGGGUCUCAAGGAUCCGGGACUCCUCGGAGGCACAGGGAAACCAGGAUCAAAGAAGCAAAUGCGUUGGACCUGCAGACUUCUAGAAAGCCAAUCCAGGGUGAGCUGUCAGACGCGACUAGGACCGACUGACCCAUGACAAUCCCAAUUGUCCUAGAGCCUAGAGGCUUAGACUAGGAGACCGAAGGAAGGAAGGAAGGAAGGAAGGUCCUUCAGAGAAUCAGGGGAAUGUUUUCCUGGGCAAAUGAAUUGGCAACGGGCAAUCUUA